AUGGAUGAGAACUAUGACGUUAUUGUAUUGGGUACCGGUUUAACCGAGUGCAUUCUUUCCGGAGUUUUAUCCGUAGAUGGAAAGAAGGUGCUUCACAUUGAUCGUCAAGACUUUUAUGGGGGAGAGUCGGCUUCAUUGAAUUUGAGUCAAUUAUAUGAGAAAUUCAAGCCUCUGACUCAAAAACCACUGUUUUUAAAAGGUAGAGAUCGUGAUUGGUGUGUUGAUUUGAUCCCUAAAUUUUUAAUGAGUGAUGGUGAAUUGACUAACAUUUUGGUCCAUACUGAUGUUACUCGGUACAUUGAAUUCAAACAAAUUAGUGGAUCAUAUGUUUAUCGUAGUGGUAGUGUCCAUAAAGUUCCUACCACUGCUUCGGAUGCAUGGAGUUCCAAGUUAUUGGGAUUAAUGGAAAAGAAUAGAAUGCGUCAAUUUUUACAAUUCAUUGCCGGUUAUAAGGAAGAUGACAUCAAAACUCAUUAUGGUUAUGAUUUGGAUAAGAACACCAUGAGUGAUAUUUAUGAUUAUUAUGGCUUACAAAAUGGUACUAGAGAUUUUAUUGGUCAUGCUAUGGCUUUAUGGCCUACAGAUGAUUAUUUGAAUGAACCUGCAAGACCAACAUAUGAAAGAAUAUUAUUAUACUGUCAAUCUGUUGCUAAAUAUGGUAAGUCUCCUUAUUUAUAUCCAUUGUAUGGUUUGGGUGAAUUGCCUCAAGGGUUUGCUAGAUUAUCAGCUAUUUAUGGUGGUACUUAUAUGUUGGAUACUCCAGUGGAAGAAGUAUUAUAUAAUGAAGAUGGGAAAUUUGCUGGUGUCAAAACCAAAGAAGGUAUUGCAAAGGCUCCAAUUGUUAUUGCUGAUCCAACUUACUUUCCUGAUAAGGUUAAGAAGACUGGGAAAAGAGUCAUUAGAGCCAUGUGUAUUUUAGACCAUCCAGUUCCUAACACCAAUGAUUUGGAUUCAUUGCAAAUCAUUAUACCCCAAAACCAAGUCCGUCGGAAACAUGAUAUCUAUAUUGCUGUCCUUUCUGAUGUUCAUUGUGUUGUUCCUAAAGGUUACUACUUGGCCAUUGUAUCAACGAUUAUUGAGACUGACCAACCUCAUGUUGAGUUGGAACCUGCUUUCAAGUUAUUGGGUCCAAGAUUGGAUACUCUUAUGGGGAUAGCUGAUUUGUACGAGCCUAUCAAUGAUGGAACCACCGAUAAUGUGUUUAUUAGUAAGAGUUAUGAUGCAUCCUCUCAUUUUGAAUCAGCAACUGAUGACGUCAAGGAUAUUUAUUUCCGUGUUACUGGCAAACCAUUAGUGUUGAAGAAACGUAAGACUGUGGAGGAAGAAGAACAGGAGGGGCUUUAA